UGUGAUCCGGCCAUCUCCCUGCUGUUCUACUCUUGCUGCCUACCCUCUCUCGCCGCCUCUGCUGUGAGCGAGCGAGCGCGAGGGAAUGGAGGCGAGGCGGGAGAUCGCCAAGCGGGCGCGCACGGCCGGCACGAGCAACGACGACGACGCCGGGAGCCAGGGGAGCGCGGGAGGGGCAGCGGCGGUGUCCUCCGGGGUCGCCGUGAGGACCGGCGCGGCGGAGAUGGACGGGGAGGAGUUGGCCGUCGUGGCGGCGGCGGAGGCUGAGGUGGUGGGCUCGGCGGAGACGGAGGAGCACGUCCAGCGCAUCCUCCUCGCCAUCGACAACUUCACCCGCAAGGUGUCGGAGAUGCUGGACUCCGGGCGCGCCAUGUUCAAGGACCUCGCCGCCGACUUCGAGGACCGCCUGUGCACGAUCCACAAGGAGAGGGUGGAGAAGUGGGAGGAGGAGAUCCGGGAGCUGCGCGCCCGCGACGCCGCCAACGAGCGGACCCGCGCCAUCCUCCACAACGCCCAGCUCCAGCUCUUCCACAUCCGCGAAUAGCCAGCCGAGUUCAAUCUGCUUCGAUCAGCUAGCUGUUCCACACAUCUUCAGCGAAGGCAAGACAUCCAACAGCACUGUCUAACUGCAUGCAACAGCAGCAGCUCCCUGUUUCUUCUGCAUGCUUUCUACUAUCUUUCUGAACUUAUCAGCACAGCAACAUUAACAAGUCCAGUUUGAUGUAGUACUACCAUUACUGUAUGCUCGUAUGAAUCUGCCACCAACAGUGAGUUGCCACUUCUGAAUCUGAACAUGAAUGCUUUGCACUUUAGUUGAAUACGCACCUGUCUUCAGGAA